GAAUCGUAUCAUAACAAAAUAUUCUUAGCAUUCUCCUAACACUUAGUAAAAUUUAGCUAAUAAUAGCAAACUCUUUGUCACGUGUGUGUAUUCACUUUUUGGGUUUAUGUUGUUUUCACUUUUUUCGGUUGUGUUCUUACCAAAUCGGUUAGAUCUUUGAUGGACUCAAAAAAGCGAAUGAUGAGUUGGAUAAUUUUGGAGGCAAAUCCAAUUCUAAAUAUCAAAAUGGGGAAAAAAUUAACAUUUUCAUUUAUAUUGUUGUAAAUAAUAUGUGUGUGGGGUUUCCUAACACAACCACCCAACUUCCCACUAAAUCACUAACCUACCCCAUGUCUUCCCAUUAUGUGUUAGUGGUAGAAUAACCUCUUGUGUAACUUCUCUUGUAACUCCCGGUGGUUUUUCACCUAUAUAAUGGAAUUCUCCCUCCCCAUAUUUACACCCUUAUUAAUUUCUCUCUACGGAUUUUUGUCUUUGCAUUCUCUCUCUAUCCUUUAUUAUUGUUGCUAUACUUUAUUUUCCACAAUCAUCAAACCGAAAAGCAAUACCAUUAGGGCGAUUUACAACACGUUAUCAGCACGAAUUGCUCGCGGUGAUCGUGGAAGAACAAUUGUUCGUGGGGCUAGAAUACUUGGAGAAAUUGUGAGCGUGGUUCGUUUGUGAGACGGUGAUCUACUUUCGUAGAACGUAUAAUCUUCUCUAUAGUAUCUGAAUUUUAUCAAUUUCCAAGUAAGCCUUAACCCCUUGAAAUUCUUUAUUAUAUGAAUGCAUGUUAGAUAAAUUCGAAUUAGCAUGAAAAGUUGUGUAGCAUAUUUAUUUGAUGUCAUUUGAUAUUUGUUUGAAAAUCUCGGUUGAUGUUUCGAGUACUGUAUGAUUCAUGAAUAGAUUGUUAUAUGAGUUGUACUUUGUUGGUGAAUGAAGAUAAGAAGUUUAUGAAUUAAUCUGUUUGUCAAGAUGAGUAAUAUGUAAUAUUCUUGUAGAAUGAUUUCACUAUGAAUAUUCUGCGUACAUGUUUGGAUAUUUAAUGUUAUAUGACCAGUGAAUAAAAUCAUCCCUAUAUAUGUGAAAUAUAUAACGUCAUAUGCAAAUUUCAUGACAUAAAAGUAAUACACAAUAAUUUGAUUCGCAUGUAUUCUUUGUCUAUGUACGAUAGGAUGGAACAUUUGAGCAAACUUGAUUUCACCCCUUUGAAUGUAUCUGGUGAGAACUACGUGAGUUGGACAAUGGAUGUUAAGAUCCAUCUCACUAGUAAGAAACUGAGGAUGGCUAUUGUUAAAGAAAAUCUGCUUAACGAAGCCCAGAAGGCUGAAGCCAUGAUUCUGAUUAGGAGGCACCUAGAUGAGGUCCUCCGUUUGGACUACUCAUCGAUUGAGGAUCCCCAAAUACUAUGGGAUGCCCUGGCCAGUCGAUUUGAUCACCAAAAGACAAUCCUCUUGCCUGAAGCAAGAAACAAAUGGAUUCACUUACGGUUUAUGGACUUCAAAACCGUUAACAAGUAUAACUCUGAAGUAUGUCGCAUCAAAUCCACCCUGGAGUUUUGUGGAGAGAAACUAACUGAUGCUGAGAUUCUGGAGAAGACGUACUCUACAUUCCCUGCCUCACAUAUGAUAUUGUCUCAACAGUAUAGAGCCAAGAACUAUACUCAGUUUUCAGAGUUGGUCACAAUUCUGCUCCUCGCCGAGAAGAACCUUGAUCUUCUUUUGAAGAACAACCAGGCUCGACCAAUUGGUACUCGACCUUUGCCAGAAGCAAAUUUGGUCAAUCGAAAUCCUCAACCUUUGCCAGAAGCAAAUUUGGUCAACAUAAACAAUCGUGGAGGAGGCAGAGGCCGUGGGUUCAAUCGUCGAGUGAGAGGACGGGGUAAUAGGGGUGGACAUGCUCCUUAUAAUAGGCCACCUAAUGGUCCCCCACAGUAUGGGCAAAGGGGAAAUAUGCCAAGAGGAGGUAACAAUGCUCGACCUAGAGGUGCGCAGCAGAAUAGAGCCCCGAAUCAGAAUCAAAAUCAGAAUAGAGAUACCUGUCAUAGGUGUGGUGGAACUGGGCAUUGGUCACGCACCUGUCGUGCGAUGAACGUUAUGGUCGAUUUGUUGUCUACGAGGAAUGUUGCUUAUGCUAAACUCCUCUCUCAAAUAAUAAGAUUGAGAGCACACUAUCCAGAUUAUCCCAUUAAGUCUAUUCGACUAGAUAAUGCUGCAGAGUUUACGUCGCGGUCUUUCGACGAAUAUUGCAUGUCCUUAGGUAUUGACAUAGAACAUCCUGUAGCACAUGUCCAUACCCAAAAUGGCCUUGCAGAGGCAUUUAUUAAGAAUUUACAGAGGAUUGCACGAACUUUGGUAAUGCGCACCAAACUUCCAAUCUCUGCUUGGGGCUAUGCAAUAUUGCACGCAGCUAUGUUAUUGCGAUUGAGGCCCACUGCAACCCAACCAUGUUCUGCGUUACAGUUGGUGUCCGGAAGUACACCAAAAGUUUCUCAUUUACGCACAUUUGGGUGUGCAGUUUAUGUGCCGAUUGCUCCGCCACAACGGACCAAGAUGGGACCUCAACGUAGAUUGGGCGUUUAUGUUGGUUAUAUAUCACCAUCUAUAAUACGAUAUUUAGAACCCUUGACAGGCGAUCUCUUUACCGCUCGAUUCGCGGAUUGUCACUUUGAUGAGACUGUUUUCCCGCCGUUAGGGGGAUGA